UGCUGAGUGCGGUGCGUAUAUAGCGCCCAAGGGAGGGAGGGAUCAUUUGUUUUUCCUCGCAUCCUUACAACUUCAAUCGAGAACAAGUGAAAAAUCCAAAGCAUGGAUCAAAACCAGAGAUCAAUAGCAGCAACAACGGCAGCUUCCCGCGGCUACCAUUUCCACCCAGCACGAGUUGCUGUUAUCAAUCUCUUUGAUGUCUAUUUAGGAAGAAGCAGCCGCCAAAAAGCUGAUGAUUCGACCCGCGAACCACCGAACAAGGCACAAAAGCGAAUACUUGCUCUUAACAGAGAGCUCCCUCCUCGAAAUGAGCAAUUCCUUUUAGAUUUUGAGCAACUGCAAAGUCAGUUUCCGGACCAAGAUCAGCUCCGACCUAUCACUGAAUCUGUGCUCAUUUCUCUUGUUAUUGAGUGCUGUAAUCAUGCCCCACGGGCAGAAUUUCUUCUCUUUGCUUUGCGGAGCUUAUGCAGUAUAGGAUACAUUAACUGGGAUACUUUCUUGCCAUCCCUUCUUUCUUCUGUAUCCUCUGCAGAAAUGUCAGCAGGUCAGGGCGUUCAACCAAUGCCAGCUAUUUCAUCUAUGAAUUUAUCACAGACUGGGAUUCCUCCUUCCAGUGCAAUACCCAGUUCAUCCAAUUUUCAGUCUUCAAAUCCUACAUCUCCAUUACCUUCAGUUCAUGGUAUCGGUUCUCCUGCCCAAUCAGCAGUUGAACCAUCAUCUGGCGCUACUAUGUCUCCUGUUAAGUCGGCUGAUAUCCCUGUUAAUGGUCAACAAUCUACAACAAGGGUUAACUUAUCUAUAAGGGAUAAUGCUAUAAGCAGCCUACGCCAGCUAUGUUGCAAGAUUAUUUUAACUGGUCUUGAAGUUGAUUUAAAGCCAGUGACUCACUCUGAUAUUUUCCACCAUAUGUUGAAUUGGCUUGUUAGUUGGGAUCAAAGACAACAUGGAGUUGAAGAAUCUGAUGGUAUGAAAUCAUGGAGACCUGACAAAGCUCUAACUGAAUGGCUGCACAGUUGCUUAGAUGUUAUUUGGUUGUUGGUCGAUGAGAGUAAGUGCAGAGUGCCAUUUUAUGAAUUGUUGCGCAGUGGACUGCAGUUUAUUGAGAACAUACCAGAUGAUGAAGCUUUAUUUACACUUAUCUUGGAGAUCCAUAGGAGGCGAGAUAUGAUGGCCAUGCAUAUGCAAAUGCUAGAUCAACACCUUCAUUGUCCCACAUUUGGUACUCAUCGGAUUCUGUCUCAAACAACUACUAACAUUUCAGUAGAAGCCGUAGCGAACUUGCGCUAUUCCCCAAUCACAUAUCCUAGUGUACUUGGAGAACCACUGCAUGGAGAGGAUCUUGCAAAUUCCAUUCAGAGGGGGAGCUUGGACUGGGAGAGAGCUUUGCGCUGUAUAAGACAUGCUCUUCGCACUACUCCAUCACCUGAUUGGUGGAAGCGUGUGCUCCUUGUGGCUCCUUGCUAUAGGAAUCCUUCUCAUGCACCAACUCCUGGUGCAGUUUUCACUUCUAGCAUGAUUUGUGAGGCAACCAUUGAUAGGAUCGUUGAAUUGUUGAAGUUAACAAAUUCAGAAGUAAAUUGUUGGCAGGACUGGCUUGUCUUCUCUGAUAUAUUUUUUUUCCUUAUGAAGAGUGGGUGUAUCGACUUUGUUGAUUUUGUGGAUAAGCUAGUUUCACGUCUCACAGAGGGUGAUCAGCACAUUCUUCGCACAAAUCAUGUGACAUGGCUGCUUGCCCAAAUUAUUCGUGUUGAACUUGUGAUGAAUGCGUUAACUACAGAUGCUAGAAAGGUAGAGACAACCAGAAAGAUUAUAUCAUUUCAUAGAGAAGAUCGAAGUUCAGAUCCUAAUAAUCCUCAAAGCAUCUUGCUUGAUUUUAUAAGCAGUUGUCAGAAUUUACGUAUAUGGUCAUUGAACACAUCAACAAGGGAAUAUUUAAAUAAUGAGCAGCUUCAGAAAGGAAAACAAAUAGAUGAAUGGUGGAGAAAUGUGACCAAAGGGGACCGCAUGAUUGAUUACAUGAAUAUGGAUGAUAGAUCGAUUGGAAUGUUUUGGGUUGUGUCCUACACUAUGGCACAGCCAGCUUGUGAAACAGUGGUGAACUGGUUGUCCUCUGGUGGCGUUUCUGAGUUUUUACCAGGGGCAAAUAUGCAGUCCAAUGAGAGGUUAAUGGUGAUGAGGGAAGUAAGCCCAUUACCAAUGUCAUUGUUGUCUGGCCUUUCGCUGAAUCUGUGUUUGAAGUUGGUUUUCCAGCUAGAAGAUUCUUUAUUUGCUGGACAGGUUAUUCCUAGCAUUGCAAUGGUUGAAACAUAUUGUCGAUUGUUGCUCCUUGCACCUCACUCAUUGUUUCGCUCACACUUCAGUCAUUUGGCACAGAGGUAUCCAUCCUUGUUGAGCAAACCUGGAUUUACUCUCUUGGUAUUUGAAAUUGUGAACUAUCGGUUACUUCCACUGUACAGGUACCAAGGGAAAAGCAAAUCAUUGAUGUAUGAUGUUACAAAAAUAGUUUCUACUUUAAAAGGGAAGCGGGGAGAUCAUCGAAUAUUUAGGCUGGCAGAAAAUCUGUGCAUGAACCUAAUUUUAUCACUGAGAGAAUUUUUCUCAGUGAAAAGAGAAGGGAAGGGUCCAACUGAAUUCACUGAAACUUUGAAUCGUGUAACCGUAAUAACUCUUGCUAUUAUCAUUAAAACUCGUGGAAUUGCUGAUGCGGAUCACUUAGUUUAUCUUCAGACUAUGCUAGAACAGAUAAUGGCAACUAGCCAGCACACAUGGUCAGAGAAAACAUUACGCCACUUUCCUCCUCUUCUUCGUGAUGCUUUGAUUGGGAGGAUAGAUAAAAGGGGGCAAGCUAUUCAAGCGUGGCAGCAGGCGGAGACGACUGUGAUUCACCAAUGUACCCAGCUUCUGUCACCGUCUGCUGAUCCUAGUUAUGUUACGACUUACAUCAACCAUAGUUUUCCUCAACACCGACAAUAUCUGUGUGCUGGUGCAUGGAUACUGAUGCAGGGGCACCCUGAAAACAUUAAUAGUGAAAAACUGGCACGUGUUUUGAGAGAAUUCUCCCCUGAAGAAGUGACAGCAAACAUAUAUACCAUGGUGGAUGUUCUACUUCACCAUAUUCAUAUGGAACUUCAGCAUGGACAUUCCUUGCAGGACCUUCUAUUGAAAACUUGUGCAAACCUCGCCUUCUUUGUUUGGACUCAUGAGCUUCUUCCUUUGGAUAUUUUGCUUCUGGCCCUUACUGACCGUGAUGACGAUCCCCAUGCUUUGCGUAUUGUGAUCAGUUUACUUGAUAGGCAAGAGCUUCAACAGAGAUUGAAAUUGUUUUGUAUGAAUCGUGGGCCUCCUGAGCAUUGGCUUUUUUCAGGAAUAUUCAAGCGUCUUGAAUUGCAAAAGGCGCUGGGCAAUCAUCUCUCAUGGAAGGACAGGUAUCCCACCUUUUUUGAUGAUAUUGCAGCCCGUUUGCUUCCAGUCAUCCCUUUAAUUGUUUAUAGACUUAUUGAAAAUGAUGCCAUAGAUCAAGCUGAUAGAGUUUUGGCCAUGUAUUCUCCAUUUCUAGCAUAUCACCCCUUUAGAUUCACAUUUGUUCGUGAUAUACUUGCAUAUUUCUAUGGGCAUCUUCCUGGAAAGCUUAUUGUGCGAAUACUAAAUGUGCUUGAUCUCAGCAAGAUCCCAUUUUCUGAGUCAUUCCCACAGCACAUUAGUUCAUCGAACCCUGUCAUGUGCCCACCUCCUGAGUAUUUUGCCACUCUUCUGUUGGGGCUGGUGAAUAAUGUGUUACCCCCAUUAAAUACCAACUCAAAGUAUGGAUCAGUUGCAGAUAGUCUUUGUAGUUCAAUGCGCAAUCCAAAUCCCAAGACUCCAGCAACAUCCCAAUCUGGGCCCACUAAUACAUCCGAGGGCCAAAAAGCAUUCUAUCAAAUUCAAGAUCCUGGAACUUAUACUCAACUGGUUCUUGAAACAGCAGUAAUUGAACUAUUAUCACUUCCAGUGACUGCUUCCCAAAUUGUAUCAUCUCUGGUUCAAAUUGUAGUUAAUAUUCAACCAACUCUAAUACAGUCCAGCAAUGGUCUGCAUGGAGCUCCAAAUGGUGUUGUGCAAGGAUCAGGCUUACCAACAUCCCCUUCUGGGGGAAGCACAGAUUCCUUAGGUGCAAGUAGAUCAACGCCUUCAGUUUCAGGAAUCAAUACUGCUAAUUUUGUUUCCCGAAGUGGUUACACAUGCCAGCAACUAUCUUGCUUAUUGAUUCAAGCUUGUGGUCUCCUACUGGCUCAGCUUCCUCCUGAUUUCCACUUGCAACUUUAUAUGGAGGCAUCACGUAUCAUAAAAGAGAGUUGGUGGCUCACUGAUGGUAAACGAUCACUUGGGGAACUAGACUCUGCUGUUGGCUAUGCUUUGUUGGAUCCAACAUGGGCUGCUCAGGACAAUACCUCAACUGCCAUUGGCAAUAUUGUCGCCCUGCUACAUGCUUUCUUCAGUAACCUCCCACAGGAAUGGCUAGAGGGAACACAUGUAAUUAUUAAACAUCUCAGACCAAUAACAUCAGUUGCAGUGUUGAGGAUAGCAUUCCGUAUAAUGGGUCCACUGCUUCCCCGACUUGCUAAUGCUCGCUCUCUUUUCAGCAAGACCCUCUUGUUGCUUUUAAACACAAUGGUUGAUGUGUUUGGGAGAAAUUCACAGCCAUCAACUCCAGCUGAAGCAUCAGAAAUAGCAGAUCUUAUAGACUUCCUCCAUCACGUUGUCCAUUAUGAAGGGCAGGGAGGGCCUGUCCAGGCAAACAGCAAGCCAAGACCAGAGGUCCUUGCUCAAUGCGGGAGAGCAGCAGAAAGUCUCCGGCCAGAUGUACAGCAUCUCUUAUCCCACCUGAAACCAGACAUGAACUCUUCUAUAUAUGCUGCUACUCAUCCAAAACUGGUCCAGAAUCCCUCAUCGUCAUUGGGUUAAUUAGCAUUAAUCAUCCUAAUGAUCUAACUUCAUACCGAAGGAAGUAUAGCAAUGGAGCCCGCAAGUUACCUGUGAGAGCAGGAAGAUAUACAGUAGCGCCGCCAUUAGCAACAGAAGCUGUGUAAGUUUAUCCUCAGUUGAAAGGUUAAUAGUUUUUAUCUGUAAAUAUUAGUUCUGUUUUCGUGGGAUUGUUGAAUCAACAAUGUUAAUCCUAGUUGGAUGGCUUCUUUUGAUAAAUGAUGACUUUUCUCGUAAAGCAGUAAAGUUUUGAUAAAGUUUUUAAA